CGGGGUCAAGGCAGCGCUCAUGUGUUGGACUCUCCGCUCAGUGAAAAUUGCUUGGACACAGAGAGAAACAGUUUCACACGUUGAUGUGUGCCACAAAUCUGGUCUCGUACCUCCAGCGAAUUCAUCUUACUGACACAUGUGUGAGCCAAGAAUGCAGGAAUAAUCGAGGGAGACACGGCGAGACGCUUUGGUUUCUGGCUAGUUAAGUUUUUGUUUUUUACGGCGAGUGAAAUCACUGCUGGCUACGAAAUGUCGGGGAAAAUAGAGAGUAAGCAAGACUCGCAGCGCUCCCACCUCUCCUUCACCAUGAAGCUGAUGGACAAGUUCCACUCACCCAAGAUCAAGAGGACGCCAUCGAAGAAGGGCAAGCAGCUGCAGGUCGAGCCAGCGGUCAAGAGCCAAGAGAAACCUGUCAACAAGAAGGUGAGUCGGCUGGAGGAGCAGGAGAAGGAGGUGGUGAGUGCUCUGCGUUACUUCAAGACCAUCGUGGACAAGAUGGUGGUGGAGAAGAAGGUGCUGGAGAUGCUGCCUGGCUCGGCCAGCAAGGUGCUGGAGGCCAUUCUACCCCUGGUGCAGGUGGAGGCCCGGAUAACACACAGUUCGGCUGUGUCGUCGUGUCACAACCGGGUGUACCAGAGCCUUGCCAACCUGAUCCGCUGGUCCGACCACGUCAUGCUGGACGGCAUCGACCUGGAUGACAAGGACAACGUGGUCGCGGUCACGACUGUCAUCAAGGCCGUCCUGGAUGGGGUCAAGGAGCUGGUCAAACUCACCAUAGAGAAACAGGAGCAACCCUCGCCCACCACACCGAACAAACCACCACCGCCGCCUGUCACUACCCCAGAGAGGUCAGAGUUGCCACUGACAGAACGGGAGAGAGAGAUCCUGAGUAAAACCCCGCCCACCGAGGCUGUGAAGGACAUGGCAGAGGAGGACAUAGCCCCGCCCAAACCCCCCCUCCCUGGCCUGAAGAUGGAUGCGCUCAGAGCACACUUGGCUACUGACCGCUCUGUCGCUGGCCAAAGGAGAUCCACAAAGACUGACACUCCACCUCCAGCCCUGCCCCCAAAGAAGCGUCAGUCGGCCCCGUCGCCCACCCGGGUGGCAGUGGUGGCCCCCAUGAGCCGUGGCUCCAGCCUGCCCUGCAGCGUCCACAGACAGCAGCAGGACUAUGAGCAGGAGUUCCUCCAGAGGCGUUUCUCGGGGGGCAGCCAGUCAUACGGGUGCGACUCCCCGCGCCUCUCGCCCUACAGCAGCAUGGGGAAGCUCAGCAGGUCUGAAGAGCAGCUCUGCUCCAUGGAACAGGACAGUGGACAGUGCUCCAGAAAUACUAGCUGUGAGACACUGGACAACACAGAGGGUUACGACCCCGACUACGACUUCCUCCACCAGGACCUCGCUGUCUUCACAGGGGACCCCCACCUGCCCUCCACCGCCGCCCCCUCAGGGGUCACGUCCCUGUCCCCCCUCCCUGAGUCCCACAGCGAGUGCCCCUCCCCCGUCCCUCCUCACCCCCGGUUCAGGUCCCCACCCGUCCCCCCCCACCACCAACAACCCCACCCACCCCAUUCCGAGCACUGGACCCCCGUCAUCCCCUUGCUACCAUCCCGCGUCAGUGCUCCUCCAGCGUUACCCCAGAAGAAGCGACGCAGCUCCCAGGUUUCGCCCUAUCAGGACGGUUGUGGCUCCUCGGGGGGGCCCUUCAACGAGAGGUCCCCCUCCCAAUACGAUAACCUGUCAGAGGAGGAGCUGCUGCACCCCACGCCCCCCUUCCCCCUCUUCAUGCCCAAUUCGCCCAUGCCCCAGAGCAACGGGGGGGUGUUCGUGGCCCAGCACCAGGCUAACGAGAACGCCGACGUGCCCUCCAGUCCACCGCCGCUGCCUGAGAAGAGGAACAAGCACGUCCUGGCGUACAUGCAGUUUGUGGAGGACUACUCGGAGCCCCAACCCUCAGUGUUCUACCAGACCCCACAGAAUGAGAGCAUCUACCAGCAGAGGAACAAACGCUUCCAGGACGUCUACGGCCUCAACGACUCCUUCAGCAGCACUGACUCGGUCCACGAGCCCCUUCCCAUACCCCUCUUCCCACCCCCCGCCCUGCCCCCCAAGCAGAGGCAGCUGGCCUCCCACUCUUCCUCCCCUUCUUCCUCCUCAUCCUCCUCUCUGUCGUGCCACCUCCAGCCGUCAUUGGUGGCGGCGGCGGAGGAGGCGGGCUCUGGCCUAGGCCUCAGCCUAUCGGUUUCUAGCUCCUCCUACCUGAGUGGACACGCCUCAUUAACCACACCCAUGAGUUCAGACCAGGUCGCCUUGACCAAUGCCACCAUAUUGGAUGGCAGCAUGGGCAGGCCCGACGGUUCCCUGGCCGACUCAUUGGGCUCUGUGGCUGUCUGUCUUCCUCCUUCUGAGACCACUUCUCUUCUAACUGAUUCUCUCCUCCACACCUCAGCAGUGAGCGUGGACGAGGGUGGCGAAGGCGAGUAUGUCAACCUGUACUCAUCCAGCCAGGCCAAUGGGGAGCUGGAGCUGCCUCCCUGCCUCAGACCAAUCGCUGCUGACGAUGUCAUUCAAGACCCCGCCCCACAGAUGCCCUCCUCCAAUAGCAAGGAGGCUCUGGACAAGGACAGCAGGAGGCAGAAGUCGACAGACUCGGUCCAGAGCGAUGAGGAGGAAGUGGAUGAGCUCUCUCUCAUCGACCACAAAGAGAUCAUGUCCCGGAUAACACUCAAACAGGAGAAUGACGAUGGUCCUGAUGUGCGUGCUGGAUCAGGGGAUAUUCUGUUAGUCCACGCCACAGAGACAGACCGCAAAGAUCUGGUGUUGUACUGUGAGGUCUUCCUGACCACAUACAGGACCUUCAUCAGCCCAGAGGACCUAAUUAAGAAGCUGCACUACAGAUACACCAGGUUCUGUCACAGUCCAGACACGUUUAAGAAGCGGGUCAGCAAGAACACCUUCUUUGUGCUCGUUAGAGUGGUGGACGAACUGUGUCUGGUGGAGUUAACAGAGGACAUCCUGAAGCAGCUGAUGGACCUGGUGUUCAGGCUGGUGUGUAACGGCGAGCUGAGCCUGGCCCGCGUGCUCCGCAAGAACAUCCUGGACAAGGUGGAGCAGAAGAAGCUGCUGCGCUGCACCAACUCCCUCAAGCCGCUGGCUGCCCGGGGCGUGUCCGCAAGGCCCGGAACGCUGCAUGACUUCCGCAGCCAUGAAAUCGCCGAUCAGCUCACGCUUCUGGAUGCAGAACUUUUCUACAAAAUCGAGAUUCCUGAGGUGUUGCUUUGGGCCAAGGAACAGAACGAGGAGAAGAGUCCCAAUCUGACUCAGUUCACAGAGCACUUUAACAACAUGAGCUACUGGGUGCGCUCUCUAAUCAUUCAGCAGGAGAAAGGCCAGGACCGAGAGAAGCUGCUCCUCAAGUUCAUUAAGAUCAUGAAGCACUUAAGAAAGUUGAACAAUUUCAACUCGUACUUGGCAAUACUGUCUGCCCUGGACUCGGCCCCCAUCCGCAGACUGGAGUGGCAGAAACAGACCUCAGAGGGAUUGGAGGAAUACUGCACUUUGAUUGACAGCUCGUCGUCUUUCCGAGCGUACCGGGCGGCUCUGGCCGACGUGGAGCCUCCAUGCAUCCCAUACCUCGGUCUGAUCCUGCAGGACCUGACCUUCGUCCACCUGGGGAACCCUGAUCUCAUCGAUGGGAAGGUCAACUUCUCUAAGCGCUGGCAGCAGUUCAACAUCCUGGACAGCAUGAGGCGCUUCCAGCAAGUGCAUUAUGAGCUGAAGCGCAACGACGACAUUGUGUGCUUCUUCAACGACUUCAGCGACCACCUGGCCGAGGAGGCGCUGUGGGAGCUCUCGCUAAAGAUCAAGCCUCGAAACAUCACCCGGAGACGGACAGAGCGCGAGGAGAAGACCUAGUGGUGCCGAAACCCGGGACCAGGGCCCGCCGAGGGAUCUCCACUGUGCUACAGACACUAACUCCACUUUACGACGGACGGACGGGCGGACGGACGGGAAGGAUAGAUGGACGGACACAAUCAGCUGGACCUAACUAACAUGGGAAGAGAGACUGACUAGGGCUGGACCAGAGCACAUACAGUAGGCUAGUAGGGAGGAAAAGACUGCCAUGGUUUAGUGACUCUGCACUGCUCUGCUACACUGGGAUAUUAUGGGGGGGUUUUAUGAUUGGGAUUACAUGGGAUUCUCUCCACCCAGAACUGGUGUUGGCAGGGGAGAAACUCCUAACCAAUGGGAGGAGAGAGGAGAAAUACGUUUUAAGAGACUUCAUGUAAGGAGAGGAUAUGGAGAAACCUCUCCCAUUUUAGUGUGUGUCUGUGAGUGUGAGGUGAAAGCUCCUCUACACCCUCAGAUACCAACACCUUAUUCCCUUCUCUUCCCCCUUACAGUGAGGGAAAAAAGUAUUUGAUCCCCUGCUGAUUUUGUACGUUUGCCCACUGACAAAGACAU